AUCGAUCCUAGCCGGGCUGUAUUGGCAAUGUAUUGUCAGUGUGCUGACUGAGGUGUAUCACAGGGCUCCUGUAUCAAUGACUAUCACAUGAACCCCGCUGCCUGUAGGCGCUUCUUGUUUCCGUUGAUAAUGCAGCCCGGUCUGCCGGUCUGCCGGUUGCUUGGCGACCAGAAUUCCUCGUUUAACAGGCGGAGAGUGUUUUCGGUUCGUUGCUUUUUUCAUCCGCAGGCUUCGUUUGAAGAAGAAAUGAGAAGAGAGCGCAUGAAAAAAAACAACAGCUUGCUGUUAACGAGAAGUGAAACGGCAGGAUUAUAAAAAACAACAGCGUGCUGUUAACGAGAAGUGAAACGGCAGGAUUAUAAAAAACAACAGCGUGCUGUUAACGAGAAGUGAAACGGCAGGAUUAUAAAAAACAACAGCUUGCUGUUAACGAGAAGUGAAACGGCAGGAUUAUAAAAAACAACAGCGUGCUGUUAACGAGAAGUGAAACGGCAGGAUUAUAAAAAACAACAGCGUGCUGUUAACGAGAAGUGAAACGGCAGGAUUAUAAACCGCAGGGUUAUGCAUUAAGUAAGCGAUAUUAAUACCACGCCGAUUUAAUAAAGUGUACUGGGCAAGGAAAAGCAGGAGAAACCGCGCUGAUGGAUUUGACUCUCAUGACAAUCACACGAUGAUAUUUUUUUUUUCUUUACAAGACAAAACUGUUUUAUUUUGUCAAGAACAGGGAGACAGACUCAUUUUUUCUUGUAUUAUUCUUUAUUGCCUUUUCUCGUGGGGGGGGGGGCACGAUCGAUAUUGUUAAUGUUUUUUGCACUGUGAGCUGUAGUUGAUAUGUAUGAAUAUCUAUUUCUUUAUUAGACUCUCUUUAUAACGCUUUGAAGGAUUCGGGUUGACGGAGAUGCGGCGCUAGCGCUCGGUUCUGUUCUCGGUUGGUUUUCAAACUUGCCUCUUGUUUGAAUCGGAGUCUGUGCCCGGUGUACCGGCGCCGCACUGCCCGGUGUACCGGCGCCGCACUGCCCGGUGUACCGGCGCCGCACUUCCCGGUGUACCGGCGCCGCACUGCCCGGUGUACCGGCGCCGCACUGCCCGGUGUACCGGCGCCGCACUGCCCGGUGUACCGGCGCCGCACUGCCCGGUGUACCGGCGCCGCACUGCCCGGUGUACCGGCGCCGCACUGCCCGGUGUACCGGAGAGCAGGACUACACCGCGCCGGUCGCUUCUCUCUGGAAAACCGACCGUCACCCCCGUGAUUGGCUCCCUCUUCCCACAACAGGGCGUGUCUUUCUCCCCCCUCCGGCCUCUCAGCCCCUCCCCUCCCUGAUGCUCCAGUCCUCCCCGUAGGAGUAUGCCAGUAUCCCACAAUGCCGCUGCCGGUCUGGCUCCUGCGUCACUCCGUGGCUCUGUGCCUGCUCCUGCUGCACAGCUCCGUUCUCUUGACUCUGUGCUUCCACCACGCCUCCACCAGCUGCUCCAAGGGCUGUUACUGCUCCGAGGCGGGGGCUGGGGGCGGGCGGACCGUGCGCUGCAGCCACGCCGGGCUGGGGGAGGUGCCCCGGGACCUGCCCAACGAUACCCUGAGGCUCUACCUGGACUUUAACCACAUCGCUGCUGUCUCUGCCCACGCCUUCGAGGGGCUCCCCCUGCUGGCCGAGCUGGACCUGUCCCACAACGCCAUCGCCAAGCUGGAGAGCGGGGCCUUCCACGGCCUGGAGGAGCGACUGCAGCGACUGGACCUCUCCGCCAACCGGCUGAUGUCUCUGAACAGGGAGGCUGUGGGCAGCCUGCGCUCUCGCGCCAACCUCUCCCACAACCCGUGGCACUGCGACUGCGAGCUGCAGCACGUGGUUCCCUCCCUGGAGCUGGAGCCGGCCUCGCUGGCAGGCAUGGUGUGCGAGACGGCCGUGCCCGAGGAGCACGCUGGCAUGCCCUUCCUGCUGCUGGCCCACGACGUGGACCUGUGCAACAUGGCUCGCAGGACCACGGACGUGGCAAUGUUGGUCACCAUGUUCGGCUGGUUCGCCAUGGUCAUCGCCUACCUCGUCCACUACGUGCGGCAGAACCAGGACGACACGCGGCGCCACCUGGAGUAUCUCAAGAGCCUGCCAGGGCUCCAGAGCAAAUCUGAAGAGUCCUUGACCAUCAGCACUGUGGUGUGAGGAGGUGGGGGGGCGCAGAAACACUUUGCUGUGCUUUUACUAGGAUCAAGGAUGUGGGCGGAACUCUUCAGUGCCUGCUUGAUUGUUCUUGUUCUGGAAUGGGCGGCGCUACGCCACCCUAUAUGAUUGGCCCAUGUCUAGAAUGGGCGGGGCCGCCUCUGCCCGCACCAAUUGCUCAAAGCUCAGGCUCUGAUUGGUUUAGCUCUUUUCCAAAGGCAGUGGCAACUCAAAUGUUACCCAUGUGACUGGGUGGGUUAUUUUCUUCAUCAGCUUGCAGCAGAGACUUAGUUAUUAUUAUUAUUUAGUUAUUAUUAUCAGUUAUUAUUAUGUAGCCUAUUUUAUGUAGUAAAAUGACCAAAAGGCUGUGUCUUAGAUGUGCUGGAACACAGCGGUGAUUGUAAAAUAAAAAUUGGAACACAGCAGCGCUGAAAUCAGGAGCAGGUUUUGAACUAAAACCAGGACUGGAAUCCCGCAUUCUCUUUAGGCCAGCCUGCACUGAAUCCAUGCCACUGGCUCCAUGUUUUCCAGAUUGCUCUGAUAAUCAGAUUCCUGUACAGCAUUGAAUUCUUCAUUUCCGGGGGGGUGGGGGAGCAUGCUUGGAAAACCUUGAAUUCAUUCUCACAGCAACAGGUGCACAGAACUGUGAAGAGGAUUUCAACUG